ACCACACUUGUUGUAAAUAGAGUUAAUCAUUUUUCAUUGUUGUUAAUUUGUUAAUAUGUUAUUUUAACAAUUUGUUUGCUAAAGUAAUACAUUUUCAUUGUUACAUAAUUACAAAUAAUGAAGGAGUCGUCAAACACAUAUAAUGUUUGUAAUAUUAUGAACACAAUUUAACGUUCAAUGUUUAAUGUACAUAGGUUUGCGGUAUGUAGUUAGAAUGGGGCCAUGUUUAACGUUGGAACGCGAAGAAGGAAAAGCGCGUCGGAGAAGCGAAGAAAUCGACAGACAGUUAAGCGAAUUGUCUAAACAACAAAAUAAUGUUAUUAAGAUUUUAUUACUCGGCGCAGGAGAAAGCGGUAAAAGCACACUUGUGAAACAAAUGAAGAUAAUCCACGCUGAUGGUUUUACAUACUCAGAAUUAUGCAGUUUCCGACCAACAGUUUUAGAUAAUCUGUUGGCAUCAAUGAAAUAUGUUCUUACUGGAAUGGGACUGUUGCGUAUAAAUUUAGAACAUAUUAGGAACAAAAUUCAUGCACAGGUGAUAUUGCAAGCUAGAAGUUGUUUUGAUAUGAGUUUUCAAGUUCUUCCAAAUGUGGCUGCAUCAUUGCAAGCUUUGUGGUCAGAUAGAGGCGUGCGUUUAGCUGUGGCCAGAGGCUACGAGUAUGAACUAAACGAUUCCGCCUUGUAUUUAUUUGAUAAUAUGGAACGUAUUUGUGAUACCAAGUAUGUACCGACUGCCACUGAUGUACUAAGGGCUCGUGUAAGGACACAGGGCAUCAUUGAGACUCAUUUUAAAAUAAAUGAUAUGAUUGUCAGUAUGUACGACGUUGGGGGUCAACGCUCACAACGAAGAAAGUGGAUUUACUGUUUCGAUGAUGUUCGUACUGUUAUAUUUGUAGUAUCUCUAAGUGGCUAUGAUAUGACGUUAUUGGAAGAUCCUUCGGUGAAUAGAUUGGAAGAGAGUCUAAAUUUGUUUGGACAAAUUGUUAAUAAUCCUUUUUUUAGGGAUGCCUCUUUUAUACUGCUUAUGAAUAAAUUUGAUCUAUUUAGGGAAAAAAUUUUGUAUUCCAACCGACACCUGCGACUUUAUUUUUCAGAUUAUAACGGUCCUGAUAGGGAUGUGGAUAGAGGAGCACUGUUUAUACAACAUAAAUUUGUUUUAAGAAAUGGAAAUUCUAGAAAAGUACUUUUUCCACAUUUUACAACUGCUACUGACACUGCCAAUGUUCAGGUUGUCUUUCAGUCAAUCAUGGAAAUAGUGAUUUCAGAAAAUCUCGGUCAGGUAACUCUCCUUUAGAAUUAUAAAUGUGUACAUAAUGUACAUAUUCUAAGCUUUAAUAAUUUUAUUUUUAUACGCUUUUUGAUUGACUUUGGAAUUAAUUUAGAGUAGUUUGGUAUAAAAAAGACUCUAUGAUCUCAUUACAUGCCAUUUCUGUAGUUUUUGAUUUUUGGAUAUGCUGCAACCUGUGUAUAAUUUACAAGGUGUUUCUUUGCAAACAGUUUAACAAUUAGAGCCCAGAAUUUUGUAACUAUUGUUUUUAAGUAGUUUUUUGUGUUUAAUAUAUCGUUUUUUUUUA